AUGUGGGGUCAUAAAGAGGUCAUGGGGUCGGUGGGGUCGCUGAGGUACCCCCAAUUAAGGCCUGGGGAACUCAGCCAGGAGGAGACUGACUUCAACAUCAGCAGCAAAACUAUCAUUGCCGUUGCCAAGACUCUAAAGAAACCAACGGUGUCAACCCUCUAUGCAGACCACUGGUUCUUAAGUAUCAGUUUGGAGUACCUCAGAGAACGCAUGAACCGGCAAGUAUCAAAGAGGGGCCAGAAGACCCUGCUGCCACAUAACAACCAGCGGUAUGACACCAGGGAAUGGCACAUUGACAUCUUUGUGAAUAACAGGCAGACCUGCAAGCACUGCUCCAGGAAGAAAGAUGGUUUGAAGACAGAGACAGAAAGCUUAGUGGAGGAGACAAGUGCUGCCCUCAUUAAGUUGGCGCUCCUAUUGGCGCAGGAGGUGGCCAGGAUAGCUCUGCUUACUCCCCUCCCGUUGCCUGACCCAUCCUUCCUCAAGCCAGGACCCAUUAGUAGAAAACUCAUUGAUGGUCUGAAGAGUGGCUUGGAGUGUUUGAUAAAGGAGUGUGAAGAAACAGCAGCCAAGGGCACCAGCAGACUUAGAGGAGACAGGUCUCUGAACUCCAAUCCACUUGUCACUGCUACUCUCUCUGCAGCAAAUGACAUUGCUGAUUUUCUCAAGAAGUAUGCAGAGCUGGCAGUGACCAUUGAGCAUGAGCCGAUAUUCUCCUCAAAGGAUCAAAAGUUCAAGUUAGUGAGGUGGAUGGAUUGCAUAGAGUCUGUGGCAGAAACCCUAAGUCACCUAAAUGCAGCCCUCAUGGAUGUUGUCAAUCAUACCAAGUUGUCCCAGGAAGGGAAUAUCCAUGCAGAUUCUACUGUGAGCACCAGAGAGUUGUUGAAAAGAUUGAAAGAAUUACUGGGAUUUGCUGGGAUUGGUCUUCCUUCGGUGGGUGGAAGUUCUCUUCACCUCCUCCCUGAACCAAGAAACAACUCUGAAUUCGUGGAUGAACUCCAUAAGGAAGGUGUUCAUGCCAUUAAAGCAAUUGAAAAAUUAGAAGCUUUAUUCAUAGGUCAGAGCCAAAGUCUUGACUCCAGCACAGAGACUCCUAUUAAAUACAAGGAAAAGAUCCUUACCCAGUGGCCAAAAAACAGUGAUGAGUUCCAGAUGUAUCUGAAGCAAAAUUCACAGCCAAGAAAUUCACCAUCCAAGAAUUCUUUUCAAUCCUCCAUACACAGGGAUGACAAGGGAAAAAAAGUAAGGUUUAAUGUAAGUCAUACAUCAUCUGUAUCAUAUCAAGACUCCCACCAAAACUAAACUACUCAAGUCAUUUACUGUAAGUACCGCAGUUCUUCGGACAGAUUAAGUAACAUUUCUUAUUUAUAAAACCAUUAGCUGAAUAGGAAAGUGUUUUAACAUAUCUUAUUUUAACCUUUAUUCAUAUAUACAUGCUAUUAGGAAAUGGUUUUGACAGGUCUUACCCAAUUUUCAUCAGAAUAUUAAAAAUAGACAACACAGUAUUUAACGUUUUCUCCCAACAUACAAAACUAAUUUUGCAUCUACAUCUCAAUAGGAACAUUUUGAGUCUUCUGCAGAGAGAAUGAAAGGUGUAUUUUCCUGAUAGAUCAUCUCACAGGUUGCCUUGGAUUAGAGCUCUGAUUGGUUCCUCCAUGUCUGCCUCUUAGCUGCCAUGAUGAUUAGCCUGGGCCCUAUACGUGAGGCAAAAUAAUCGCUCUGUUGUUGUUGGUUGCAUCCUUUGUAAUAAUGUUCAUAACUGUUACUUAAGCAGAUGCAGCUAACCACAGAGAUGGAUUCAUCCACCCUCACACAUUGUGGUGGCUGGCAGACAGAUGCAUAAGAGCUGUCGGUGAGCUCUAUGACAAGGUAAUCGGUGAGAAGAUACAUGAGUAGCUGUCUGUGCGCUGUCACAUUCUCUGAAGAAAACUGUCAAAACUUUAGAUGAAAUAUGGCACAACAUCCUGUGUUUCCCUCCACUACUCAUACUACCCAUAUCGAUCUAUC